CCUGCACGCGUUGGCGCCAAAACGAACCAUCUGGGUCCGUCCCCUGCCGGAACUAUGCCUCACGUAAGCCACGUAAUCAAUGAUCCUGCGCCUCGCUAAGUAGUCCCCGUUCAGGAUGCCCUCGGCACACGCUUUUCGAGCUCAAGAGGUCCUCAGUAGGAAGAAAUCGGCCUCGGAGCUACCUGGAUACCGUGGUUCCUAUGCAUAAAGAUGUCUCUGGUGGAUCUGGGGAAGAGGCUGCUAGAAGCUGCAAGGAAAGGCCAAGAUGAUGAAGUGAGGACACUGAUGGCGAACGGGGCCCCGUUCACCACAGACUGGCUUGGAACAUCACCUCUUCACCUUGCAGCCCAGUAUGGUCAUUAUUCCACAGCAGAAGUGCUCCUUCGAGCAGGCGUUAGCAGGGAUGCCCGGACCAAAGUGGACAGGACCCCUUUACAUAUGGCUGCAGCUGAUGGACAUGCACACAUCGUGGAGCUGCUUGUUAGGAGUGGUGCGGAUGUGAAUGCCAAGGACAUGCUGAAGAUGACGGCCUUGCACUGGGCCACAGAGCACCACCACCGAGACGUUGUUGAAUUACUUAUCAAAUAUGGAGCCGAUGUCCACGCUUUUAGCAAAUUUGAUAAGUCUGCCUUUGACAUAGCACUGGAGAAAAACAAUCCUGAGAUUCUUGUCAUCCUUCAGGAAGCAAUGCAGAAUCAGGUGGCCAUCACCCCCGAGAGAGCCAACCCAGUGACUAACCCUGUGACUGUGACUGCUCCCUUCAUCUUCACCUCUGGAGAUGUCGUCAACCUCGCUAGCUUUGUUUCUUCAGCCAACACCAAAGCAACCUCAGCUAAUUUAGAGGAAAUCGAAGAAGGAAAUUCACUUGACUCCUCGAUCCAGCAAGUGGUGGGGAGUGGAGGCCAGAGGGUCAUCACCAUAGUGACUGAUGGAGUCCCUCUGGGUAAUAUUCAAACCUCCAUCCCUACUGGAGGCAUUGGCCAGCCCUUCAUUGUAACUAUGCAAGACGGACAGCAAGUUCUGACUGUGCCUGCUGGUCAGGUUGCAGAGGAGACAAUAAUUGAAGAGGAAGAAGAAGAAGAAGAAGAGAAGUUGCCACUGGCCAAGAGACCAAGGAUGGCAGAGAUGACCGACAGUGUUGAGGAAAGCAAGGAAGGCAGUGAGCGAGAGUUACUGCAGCAGCAGCUCCAGGAGGCCAACCGAAGAGCCCAGGAAUACAGACACCAGCUUCUCAAGAAAGAGCAGGAGGCAGAGCAGUACCGACUCAAGCUGGAGGCUAUGGCCCGGCAGCAGCAGCAACCCAACGGAGUGGAUUUCACCGUGGUGGAGGAGGUAGCGGAGGUGGAUGCUGUAGUAGUGACAGAAGGGGAAGUGGAAGAGAGAGCGGCGGAAGUGAUGAAGUCGGGAAGGACCGCAGAGCCUCACACUAGUGUUUCCAUAGAAACGGUUCCAUCCUAACACGCCAAGGCCACAACUUACACUCGUUCAUCUUAUCCUUUUUAAGAAGAAAAGACAGAGGGCAAGCAUUGUGUACCAAUUAAGACUGCCCUUAAGAAGGUAACAAUAGCAGGGCCCAGUGCCUGGGCCCAGGAAGGCUGUGUGUGCAGCUGGAAAACUAAAUUCAGAGCCACCUUAGGGAUCUAAGGGACCAAAGGACCAGGACCAAAACUCUCAAGUCACAUCAUUGCUUUAAACAGAGUACUGGGCAUUGCGGGUUGAUUUUUUUUUUUAAAUGCUUAACUUUAUAUCAAAAGAUUUUAAAAUAAUACUUGUAAUACAUAUACACCAAGAGCCUUUAAUAAUUAUAACUGAGAUUUUCAAGUGACCUGAAAUUUGCCUUAGAU